AUGAGUGCGGAAAUCACGGGUCCUCCGUUGGUGUCGCCAUGGAUGUUGCUGUCGAUGUCUGGGGCCCGCGAAGACGCCGACGACACCAAGUUCGUGACGCCCGGAAAUCCAGUUUCAGACGAUCCGCAUCACUUCAUGAGGUUUUUUUUUCAAUUUUUCCUCAUAAACUGAAAUUUUGAAAGAAGUAAGGAAAAAUCUUAAUCAUAGAAUUUCCCAAGAGGAGUUUUUUUGGAAAAAAAAUUUGCUAAAGAAGGUCUCAUUGUUUUUUUAUGAAAAAAAAUCAUAAAGUUUUGUUCACAAGUUUGUUUUUUUCAAAAAAACAAAAUAUUGUUUUUCAUGAUUUGCCAUUCACAUGAAAGAAUGAAAAACGUGCUUCUUAACUAUGAAUUCCAUGUGGUGGAAUAAACAGAAAUGAUGCUUCCAGAGGCCAUGGAACCUACAUUCGCGAGGGAGAAAUCGUUUCUUCGCUCGCCGGAAUCGUCAAUCAGUUGAAUCGGCUUCUGAUGGUCAAAACGAUCAAGCAAAGGUUUUUCUGUAGGCAAAAACUGAUAUAACACUCGUGAACUUCGAGAUAUGCGGGCGAAGUUGGAGACGUCGUGAUCGGCAGAAUCGUCGAAGUUCAAGCCAAACGGUGGAAGGUCCUUUUCACGUCGAAAUUGUGAUUCAAAAUUGAAAAAAAUGGCCUAUUAAAAUUUUCAUCAUUUUCUGGAUGGGAUAUAUCGGGAGAAAGAAAAAAAUUAUUUUUUUCUUUUCUCGAACAAAAUAUUGGCUUUAUUGAUGAGUUUUUCAAUAAUAAUUGUUUACAAGUACUUUGAUUGACAUUAACGUAGGCGAAUCGAGAAAGGGUUUCGCGAGAUCCUCUGAGGUAUAUCGCAGCCUCUGAAGUCUCACGAUGGUACCUCGAGUAUACCUCUGAGGAUUUCGAGCAAAAUGAGAGGGGCUUGAGGGAGACUCUAAAGUACCUCCGACAUGGCUCAGAUAUAGCUAAAAGGUAUGCCGGAGGUCUCACGAUGGACACACUAUGGGGCCUUCACGAUCCAUUUUGAGAGGUAUCUUUUUGUGGAUACAUUAUGGUACCCUUCCGAUUCGCCUGUGAAUUCAGGUAGACAAGGUUCGAGCGAAACAUAUGUCUCCUUUUUUUAAAAAUAGAUAUCGAAAAGAUGCUUUUUUGUCUAGUUUAUGGCAUUCUGUUUGUUUCACGAAUAUCAAAAAGUUUUUCGAAAAUUUUUAAAGAAUAUUUGAUUCAUGAAACCAAAAAUGGUUUUUUUUUUCUCAGAGGAACCAGAAAAAACUGAAUGUUGUAGGUUGACGUCACUUCGCGGUUAUUCAGUAAUUUGCCUCUGGGCAGUGUCCUUCUCCCUGGCGCAGAUUUUCGUCGCAAAGACGUCGACGUAAGGAAAACUUCCCCAUUUUACGCCGAGAAUCGCCUUGAAGGACGAAGAGAAGAUGAGCGAGUAUUUGAAAAGCGGAGAGCUUGUCUGCGCCGAAGUGCAGCAGGUGCAGAACGACGGCACCCUGAUGCUGCACACGAGGAACCAUAAAUACGGCAAACUCCGUCAGGGAAUCCUUGUGCAGGUUCUAGUUGCGAUGGAGGAGAUCUCGCAGUUGGAUUCUUUGAGGUGCCUCCCCAUCUGAUCAAGAAAAGCAAGGUGCAUUUCCACACGCUGCCCUACGGCAUGGCCAUCAUCAUCGGCUGCAACGGCGGCGUCUGGAUUUCGGCUGCCCUGCCAGAGGCCGCGCAGGAGGAAAACCAGCACAAGUUUCACGAUUUCGAGGUAGUUUUGAGCUCUGAAAUGAAUAAACAAUCGAAAAGAUUCCACUUUAUUUUGAUCAAAUCCAGAAAUAUGCAUUAAAGCGACUGAUGAAUUAGCUAAUAACAUUUUUUAUUUACCUUGAAAAAAGAUUUUAAAUAAAAGUUUUCAAAACUGUAUGUUUCUGUUUUCAAUUUUUAUAUUCCUCUUUUUGAAAAUUGGUUUUAUUGGAUAUCAUUUUGAACCUUGAACAGUAUUAUUAUUCGUAUUGAAUUAAUGAUGAUGAUGAUGAGAUUUUCCUGUAGAAAGUGCCGAUCGAUGUGCGCCAAGCGAUGGUUCGGAUUGCGGCAUGUGUCCGAUUACUUCGCGAUUAUUCCAUUUCAGUCUACCUGACCUCCAUAACGACUUGCUACGAUAUGAGCCUAAUUCACGAGGUUUGUGUCUUUCUUAGGACACGGCUCAGAAUAGAAAAUUAUAAGGUGAAGGAACUUUCUGAACAUGAUUCGGCUGCCCGGUUAGCCCACAUGAUUGCUGCCAGACUCCUCACUCAGGAAACCAAAGCCUGA